AUGUCGUCCAAAUGGACAUGCUCGGCCAACGAGGCGACGUGCCUGUGCCUAGCGGGAGCGCCACCGCCUUGUGAUACGGUGUUUCAUCCCGACUUUACGUAUCCUAUCUUUGGAGAAGCUGAGGUCAUUUACGGCUAUCAGCGCCUGCAUAUCCGACUGUCGUUUACGUCUGGCAGUCUGAGACCGUGUCUCGUCGUCGAGUACGCCGCGAAACAUACGACAACUAGCGCCAAGAUCGACGACGUGGAUGCACAGCUACGCGAAUUCCUGCCUGUGGAUGAUUUGGUCGCACCGGAUGCGUGGGAAGAGGUCACACGUACAGAACAUGACACAUUCCAACCGCACGGCACACAGGUCGCGUCCUAUCGACAGGGCGGCAAAGGCCGCGAACGUGAAUUUGGGAUCUUUCAUGCCACCUGGGAUACACCUGGAUUCCGCGCGUGGCACAAACGAGCCCAGAUAUUCACGCUGUUCUUCAUUGAAGGAGCGUCGUACCUGCAAGAUGACGAACCUUACUGGGAGUUUUUCACUCUCUUUGAACGUACCGGAGAUGCAUGGCACUUUGUUGGAUACACUUCGUUGUACCGCUUUUGGUGCUGGCCUGACAAGACUCGCACGCGUUUGAGCCAGUUUGUCAUUCUGCCGCCGUAUCAAGGCCAGCGACAUGGGUCUCGUCUCUACGGAGCAGUGUAUGCUCAUAUUCUGUCAAAUCCACGCAUGUGCGAGCUCACCGUCGAAGAUCCGUCCGAGGCAUUCGACAAGCUGCGCGACACGUGUGACUUGGCCUUCUUACACCAACAGUCUGAUGUUCUGGCGCAUUGUAAGGCGCCUAUAGACCCUGCAUGGCGCCAAGCGGCUCGAAAGCAAUACAAAAUCGCUCCGCGGCAAUGGGCCCGUCUGCUGGACAUGCUCGGUUUACUUCAACUCGAAGAGAACGCAAGUGCCGAGCAACUCGAAAGUUAUCGCCUUCAAGUCAAGGCACGCAUUUACCAAGUAAACCGCGAGGUGCUAGACAUGUUACCGCACGAACAAAAAACAGAAAAGUUACAAGAAGCCUUCGAGGCCGUGAUGGACGAGUACGCUGAGGUCACGGGUGCCGAGAUUCCCGAGGCCCUGCUUCAUCCUUGCACACAAAAGCGCAAAGCAGAAUCGGAGGAAGACGCAUAUAGGUCGAAGCGUAGGCUAUGA